AUGAUCUUAGAUCCAUUUUUGGCCCCACUUGCUCGACCCGAAUCUGUCAAUACAUGCGGCGAAGAAAGUUCCGUAGCUCAUGAUGGAGAUCAGCGUGAAAUGGAGUCUGGCCUGGUAUCAUUCAAUAUCCCAGUCACUACGAUAGAACCGAGCUUGGAUCGUUCGUGCACACAUCGGUCCAGUCAGCUGACCGCACGCACAUUAUCCGGUGCCGAGUUAAAGCAAUUAAAUCUAUGGAAGCGACACAUGAACUCACGCACUGGUCAUCCAAUCGGACCCCAGACUGACGUGAUGGAACCGAAUGAGACGCCGGUUUUUCUUGACAAAGAAUCCGUGGAGGUUGAAAGUCAUCGAUACUUUGAACUACCUGGCACUCGACGACGUCGUCGUCUCCUCUGGGCAGGAUUCCGCGCCUCCCAACGACGCUGGGAAUCCCUGGAACAAGCAGCUGCCAUAGCUCAAAGAAAUGCUCGCCUGCGACAGUGUGUCACAGCCAGUGGUCAUUUGGACUCAUUGGAUUCGAAUACCACUGGUAAACCGUACCGGAAAUUAGCAAACACGUCAUCGCCAAAUAUGCCCCCUGGUGUUCCACACAUUGGAAAAGAUUUUCGACCUCGUCAUGGCUCCGUUUCUUUACCGGAAUUAAUCGAUUCAGUGAAUGCACGUCAUCUGGAAGCUACAGUGUGUGCCCCGAACGAGAAUGUGCUUGAGUCACCGCUGGCGGCUCGGCAUCUGAUACGAUCUGACGGAUCAAUGUUAGACCAUGUGCCGCCGGUGUUUGCCGAAUUAGACAUCCUCAAUUGUAAACCACUCAUCGAGCCCGGGUCUCUGGCGACUGAGGAUUGUGCAGCCGUAGUUGAUCCAUAUUCGCGCAAAACAUCCAGCUUAUCGAUGACACCGAUUCCACCACCAUCGCUCCAUGUGACAGAAUCAGCCCGGCAGGCUGUAAAUAUGACCUCUGGUGGUUUGGAUCGAAUGAAAUGGUCGUGGUUGGAGACUGCACGUUGGGUCCGUUAUGAGCAGGAUUUCGAUCCGAUCACUGGGGCAUUCGGUCAAGCACACAGUCCGCCGUUAACGUUUCAAGCCGUGGUCGAAUGUCGUCGUUAUCUGGAACAAGGGGCCAUUGUACUUCAAGCGGAUCAACGAAGUGAUUCACUCAACACGCGCCAACGUUUGUGUCAUGAUCCAAUCUGUCUGUUUACUGAAGUCGAUACGGCUAUUCACGCACUGGUCACCGACUGUGGAGCGACUAUAAGCGAAAUAGCCCUGAUUCGUCGUGUCCUAUCACUGCGUCAUCAGCAUACCGUCAGCAGCACUUUACGUUUUGCGAAACACCACUCGGUAUUUCAACAAUGCACCGAACCACCUCCGGGCAACCAGAGUCACGAGGAGCGCCACUCGGUUUCCGGUCAAACCGACCAGUCUACUCAUCAAACCACUGUAUGGCCCACAUUCUUCACCCGGUCACGUCAAAAAUCCGAUUUCCGGCACGCGAGCACCUUUCUCAAUUUAAACGACACAACCCAACCGCAGCAGCAGCAGAAUCACAAGCGAACCACGUCCGAUAACCGAUUGUGUGAUGUUGAACACGGUUUCCAAAACGUCGCUCGGAAUCCGUCAUUUGUGUCCCCAACGUUGGGCGGUACCCUGGCCAGACGUGCUGUGUCCGUGAUACGCCGGGCGUUUACUCCAACUUUGCCACCUGCGGAUGCGUCAUCACCUGGGCACAAUGCGAUGGAUCCUGAACCAGGCUUGUGGAUGAGCACGGGUACUGCACAUCCGGAUACAAAUCGACCAGUUAGGAUUUCGGAACCGGCUAGAGUUGUUUUACCGAAAACUCCGCCCGACGCCCUGUUGAAGCCAACAAGUGAUCUUGCCGGUCGGCUAAAACCAACCACAGAGAUUGUGUCAGUACAAGUUGGAGUACUGCCCGGUCUUCGACGACCCAUGCUGGCAUUCAUUCGAUUCCAACGAGCUUUAUUCGCCCCUGGCUUCACAGAGCUUCGCGAUGCGCAUCCCAUUCGGUUUCUAAUCUUGUUCUUGGGUCCUGAACGUCGUCAUUUGGACUACAACGAAGUUGGGCGUGUCAUUGCUACCAUGAUGAUCGAUAGAGUAUUUCGUCGCACCGCGUAUACCGCUGUUUGUCGUGAGGAUUUGCUCGAUGGACUGCGUACCUUUCUCGAUACGACCAUAGUCUUGCCUAUGCUCAGUGAAAUCACGCCAAAAAGUCUUCUGGCUAUGCACGAUCAACUCCGCCUGUUUCGACGCCAUCGAUUAGCUCAGCUACGCUCACCUAGAACGGGCGGGAUCGUGGCACCCGUUUCGAAUAAACCGAGGCGAUUACAUGUGCGAGGUGACUCGAAACCAACAGAACGAGGUAUGUUUCGCUGCAUCCCCAUCCUUGGUGAAUCCUAA